ACUUUUAUAAAUGGUGCGCUACAGCGUCGUCUCAUCUCAUAUUUAAAAAACUACUAAAUAUGAGCCAACUCUUAAAACAGGCCAGGGAGUUAUAUAAGGCCGAAAAGUUUGAGGAGUGUUAUAAACUUACUGGGGAACUGCUAGUUAAUUCACAAGAUUAUGGGACACUCGUUAUUCAUGGAGCCUGUUGCUCUCAAAUUGGGAACGAGAAGGAAGCGAUUGAAUCAUAUUUUUCCGCUCUUUCGAUUGAUUCUACAAACAACAUGGCUUGGAUUGGUCUUUACAAUGAAACAAAGAAAAACCCGGACAAAAAUCAAAGAAUUCUCUUAAGAGUAUGCACAGUACUAGUCGGAAAAUGCUCAAAAUCAGACCCCACUGGAAAAUAUUUAGAGUACGCAAAAACGUUUGUUCAAAUCGUGGUUCAGUUUCGACUACCAUUACCCUUUGAUUUUAAUGAAUUUAAUGAUAUAUGCGAAUUUGUUCUUGAACACGAUCCAGACAAUGUAUAUGCUCUUGAAGCUACUUUUCGUUUACAAAUCGAAUAUUUCUUAUUCUAUGGAUUUCCUGAAUUUAUUGACCAGAGUUUAUGUAAUAAAUUAAAAUUCAAGAAUAUAACGCAACAGUCAAGAGUACCCUUUAUCACUUCAUCAGCUGUGUACCUCAAACGAUUAAAACAAUUUGAACAAAUGUUAGAAACAAUACAACAAUCAAGCGAUGUAACUAAAACAACUCAUAUUACACUAUGUUUGAGUCAGUUGUUAUAUCGUUUAUAUACUUAUUUCAUUCCCAAUUAUUCAUCAACCAAUAAUGUGGAUGAUGAUACUACAAAUUCUAGCAAUCAGAAUAAUGAAAAAUGUUCAGAUUUAUGGAAUCUUAUUCAAAGUGAUAUUAACAAACUUGAUUUCAAUGGAGUUGUUGGAUUUGUCAACUGUUCAAAGAAUGGAAUAAUUGAUCUUCAUGCUGGACUUUUGUAUGCAUUGGCGGCGUUUAAGUUAUAUCAAUUCAAGAGUUGUAAUGAAAUCAUUACUACAUUAAUAUCUUUUAUUGAUAGAAAUUGUACACAAUUUUAUUCAGAAUCUGAAAGUCUAUCUGAACCUAUAUCGAAAUUUAUCAAUUAUGCAUCAAAUUCAAAUUUCUCUCAUCGUACAUUAUGUACACCAUUUCGUUUCAAUUUAAACGAACUUGAAGAGAAUAAUUUACCAACAAAAUAUAAUAUUUAUACAAUAAUUAAUUCUUGGUUACGGAUAAUGAAUAUGGCGAAUAUUUGUAAUUCAGAAAUUUCUACAAAAAAUACCCAGGAAAAUAUUGAAGUGAUUUCUUGUCGAUUAGCAAAUACAAAAUAUAUCCCGUCUACUUGGAUAGAUGUUUAUCAAACUUUGUACUUGGAAUACUACCUAAUCGUUAAUAAUUUAGAAGUGGCAUUCAAUAUUCUUGAAAAGUGGAAAAUACAUCAUGGUUGCCAAAUGAAUGAGACAAUCCCAAAUAGUAUUGAUUUAUCUCCACGUUUUCGAAUAUGUCUGAUAUGGUUAAAAGUAUCUAAGCUUAUUUCUACCAAGUUGAUGAAUGAUUCCGAUAAAACAAUGUUACAGCCUAUUGUGAAUGAAUUUCUAGAUUUACUUAAAACGAAUAAUCUUACCAUUCAUUCAGCUCGUUAUCAGUAUUUGAUUGGUUAUGUAAUGAAAAUGUUUUCACAAUCUAUUACAAAUUAUCCUGAAACUAUGGGUCGUGAUCAACAAUUAAAUGCAUUUUCUCUUGGUGUUCAAUUGGACAAGUGUUAUUAUGCGAAUUAUUUACAAAUAGGUCAUAUACACCGUGAAAUGGAGAGUUUUAAAGAGGCAUUGACAUUCUAUGCUGAAGCCUAUCGUUUGAUGCCUGGUUCGCCAGUUUGCGCUUAUUAUUAUUCAGUGGCAUUGUGUAGGCAAGAAGAAUGGGAAAAAGCUUUAGAUGUGUAUUCAUUUAUUGAUCAUAUUGAUUUCACAAAAGAUAUGUGGCUUAAUUAUGGCUUAAUUAAUUUACGUUUGGGUCGAAUAAACGACUGUUUACCUGCAUUACAACGUGUUGUUUUAGCUAAAAAUGACGCAUUAUAUUGGGAAAUUCUCGGUGAAGCUUACUUAUUUCGUAGAAGUUAUGAAACAGCGGUAAAAGCUUUCAAUCGUGCUUUAGACCUAGAACCGAAUCGACCAUUUACACUAGUUCUAUGUGGAAGAGCUUAUCGUCAUAUGAAUGAUAUUUACUCCUCACUUUGUUGUUUUAAUAAUGCACUAAAGAUGAUUGAAAAUAAUUACAUGAUUGAUCGAUUAUACAGAAAAUUCUAUGUCUUGAUUAUGAAAGAAUUAGUUGAAAUUCAUAUGUUCAAAUGUCAGUCUGGCAUGUAUCAAGGAUUUACUGGUCAAGCGUUGAACGAUUUACAGCAUACUUUAACCUUGUUAAAUAAGUUAUUGAAUUAUUUUGUCGGUUCUAAAGUUGUACCAUUCUGGUUUUUCCGAUAUACAGGUGAUAUUCUUAGCCUAUUGUCUAUGAUUGAUGAUCCUGAACUAUUAAUCGAUGUUCCGACACGUUUAGUUUCUUUAAUGAAUGGUGCUCAGUGUCUAACUGAAUCGAAAGAGCCUACGGAAACGAUUAAAGUCAAUAUCGUCACAUGCCUUCACCUUGGUGGGAUUUAUUUAGCUUGUGCUCUUCGUACAUCUAUCAGUUCAGUUCGAUAUCCAUCACAUUCAUUAGAUCCAAAUGUACUCUCUAGCAAUAAGAAUACGGAAUCGAGUACCAAUACUACUACUACUACGGCAACUACUACAACGGAUCCAUUGAAGUUAUUAUUAAUAAGUUCUAUAUUAGUUAGUUUAGGUAUUAAUCAACUUAAUCAAGGUUAUUAUAUACAACGUAAUAAUAUUUCACAGGAAUCAUUAAUGACAGCAAAUCAAUUGGAUCAUAUUAUUAAACCAUUCAAUUUCAUUAUAAUACCAAAUGAAUUGUUUUAUUUAUCUGAAUCAACUUUAAAAAAUGCAUUACAAUUAUUAGAGAAUUUAUCGAAUAUCUAUGAUGAAUUAUUAGAAGAAAUAAUAAAAGAGAAAAGUUUACUUGAACCAGGUACAAUAACAACUGAUGAUGAAAUUGAGGAACAAGAUAUACGUGAUCGUAUUGCUUUAAUUAAAAAACUUCAAUCACGUGCAUGGGCUGCAUUAGCUGGUGUUUAUUCAACAAGUGAUGAAAACUUGGAUUCAGAAAUCACCUAUUGUCUUUGCCAAGCAUUACUUUAUAAUCCUGAUAAUACCACCGUCAUGGUUAAUUUGGCAAUGCAACAAAUGAAACAGGGUCAAACUGAACUUGCAGUUAAUUUGGUAGAACAAGCUAAAGCGAUUGAUCCAGAUAAUUUUAGAGUUUGGCUUGUUUCAGCUCAAUUGACUGCUGUCAUGUCUGGUACUCCGUCGAUUGGUCCUGGUUUAUUAGUCAAUACGGAAGUAUUGAGUCAUUUGAUACAUGCUGCGUAUACAGGUUCAAAUUACCAAGUAGCGUCACAGCUUACACUGCAUCUGAUGCCUAUAAUUAUUGAAUAUGCUGGAUGUAAUUUCCUUUGUGAUCCAUCAGCGUCAUCUUGUCCAUCAAAAAGUAUGUCAGAAUUAAUUCAAGUUUUCGAUAAACGAGCACAUCUACGCCUAUCUAUCAAUGUGGCUAUAGAAUGCUUAAAUCGGGCUAUCGCUUUCCAGCCUAAUAAUAUACGAUUAUGGCAUAAUCGGGGUAUAUUACUCCAAUUAGUGGGAUAUUCUGUGCCCGCGAAACAUUGUCUUCAAAAAGCUGUUAUGUUAUUGAAUAAACAAAAUCAGUUAUCAUAUCGUGAUAAUCCGAAUGAAUUGGCAUUUUUCAGUCUUGUAUUAUCUCAUUAUUUUCUUAUUACAUAUAUUUGUGGAUCACCUGAUUGGAAAACUGCUGAUCAACUUCUUAAUUUAACUAAAAAUCCAAAUUCUACAUUUUGUCAUAGUUUAGCUGAGGCAUGCGCUAAAGGCAUUAUAUUUACAAUGCAUCCAGAUAAUCCACCACAAGAAAAUUUAUCACUAAUAUGUUUAACUGAAGAAAUUCAACGUCUUGUUAAUCAAGGAUCAUUAGUUACUAAAUCUGCAUUACAAUUUCAACCAAAUGCUGGUUUCUUAUUAUUAUUAGUUAUAAAAUUAAUCAAUUGUCCAUAUUUUGGUCCAAUACAAGAAAUUCAAAAAUUACACACUUAUUUAACCGGGAUUAUGAAACAGACCCAAUUAUCCAUAUCAUCAUCAUCAUCAUCAUUAUUGUCUUCUUGUUCAUCAACUGAUCAAUAUUAUAAUAUUUCAUUACCAUUAGCUUAUAAUUUAAGUCAAAUUGGUGUACGUUUAGGUCAAGAUGUUGAUUGGUUAAUGAAUUCACCAUUAUGUAAAUUAAUUUAUGAAAUUUCAUCAAAAAAACAAAUGGAAUAUGAAAAUUUAUCAAAUUUACCAGAUUUAUUUACUAAUCGUCUUAGUGAUAAUUAUUUACCAUUAGGUGGACAAUUAACUGAAAAUGAAUUAAAUAAUUGGAUUAUGAAUAAUACAUAUUUAUCAUUAUGUUCUUCGAGAAAAUCUUCUGGUCUAGCAUAUAUAUCACGUUAUUUAAUUCAACGUCCAAAUGAAUCAAUUCGAUGGAUAUUUUUAUUUGCUUGGUUAUUAAAUAAAAAUCCAAUUAGUCAAAUUACAAAUUUAUCUACAAUUGAAUUAAAACAAAAUACACUAAGUAUAAAUACUUCAAUGAAGACCACAUUAACAAUCUAUACAAAUUUAAUUAUUAAAUGUUUAUUAUGUAUUAAUCAGUUACGUAAUGAAUGUCCUAUGAAUUCAAUAUUUGCUACAGCUUUAGUCAAUUUUAGUUUAUGGUGGUUAACUGUGAAUAAAGAUUAUCAAUUAUCUGUACACCAUGAUGAUUUAUAUAUGAAUUUAUUGUUAAAUUUACGACGUGCUGCUAUUCUGUUCCCAGAUACACCGAAUAUAUUAUCAACAUUAAAAUUAAUAUCAGCAAAAAUUUAGCUGAAUUAGUCAAGUAUAACAGUUGACAUUUAAUGAUGAUUAAACUUAAAAACCAGGUAUUUAUUUUGAUUGAAAUAAAAGGAUUGGUCGGGUGGGUGGGGAGGAGGGAAGAACAAUUGAAGCAUUAAUUUUAAUAAGAAGAUUAUUAACUACUUAAUUACAUUUCAUUUUCUUUUUAAAUAAUCAAAUGAACAUGUUUAUAGUUUGUAAACUUUGUUUCUCUUUUUCUUAAAUUCAAUACACAUCUACAAUUUUCAUAAAUAAUGAAGUUAGUUAGUUAGUCAGUCAGUUAGUUAGUUAACUACAACAUAGGACCAGGCACAUAUAUAUAUACAUGGGUUCAAGUUGCCCAUAUAUUCAAUAAUAAAUGAAUUCAUAGACUUUUUAUAGAUUGUUCUUUAAUUCAUUUAAAGAAAUAAAGUGAAUGUAAUAGAAAAUGAUAUAAAAUAAGAGGAUAAUGAUUCAAUUUAUCAAAGAUCAAUUUGUUUUAAUAUAAUGAUAAUAAUAAUAUUAUAGUUUAGUAUUUCAUUUCAAUAGGGAAUUAUAUCAAAUCUUUCAAUAUACUUUUCUAUAUUUAUUCAGAUUAUCUUUUACUCAUCGUUGCUUAAGUAUUUUUUUUGUGUAUAUUUUAUUCUCAAUUUUAUUGAUUUUGAUUACAUAAUAUAAGUAAUAAUAUUAGGGGUAGAUAGAAAUAGGAGGAGGAGAAGGGAAAUGUGGUGGUGGUGGUGGUGAUGAUGAUGAUGAUGGAGUAGAAAUGGAAGAAUUAAAAAAGCUGAGAAUAUCAUGUAUGCACCGUCAAAAGUAUCAUUCUAAAAGAUGUUACAGAUAUACGAAAGAAAAUAAUAGUUUUUCUUUAUUUCUAAGAGAUAGGAAAUCAUUAAUUCACUUUACUGUUUCACUCACUCUCUCUGUCUCUCUCUCUCUCUAUGUUUUAUGUUAUUCGUUGUUAUUACUGAUAUUAUUAUUAUUAUCAUUGCUGUUGUCCAAAGAUAAUAUACAUUAAGCCUAUGUUAGCUAAUUAAAUAUAAGUCUAUAUAUGCUUAUACAUACAUACAUAUAAUAAAUAUAGAGCUUAGAUUAAUCACAUUCAUUAUUAUCUUAUAAAUAAACAAGGGUAAUAAGCGUAUAAAAGCUGGAAGAAAUCUAAUACUCCCUCUUUCUCUUACACACAUACACACAUAUAACUAAAUACAUAAACCAACUCAUGAGACAGAAUUAAUACGACUUGUUUUAUGACAAAUUUUUAUUAUGUUCCAAUAUUAUCAUUUUGCUAUGUCAUAACUGAUAAAUCCAUUUCUAUUCCGUA